AUGUUUUCAGAGAAGAAAAGCCGUCGUCAGCCAAUACAUCUAAAACAUCGUAUUGAGAAGAAAGUUUCUGCACAUAACAAAAAACAAAGAAGAGAAGCAAGAAAGAAUCCUCAAAAGCACAAGAAAAAAGAAAAGGAUCUUGGUAUUCCUAAUAGUUUUCCAUAUAAAAAUAGGAUUCUUGCAGAAAUUGAAACAAAAGAUCAGUUGAAAAUAAAAAAUAGGGAAAAAAAUGAUCAUUUUGAAAACCAGUCUCUUUGUCAAAUGGAGGCACUUGCAGAGCAUGCAAGAAUGCGUGAGAAUGAGUUUAAUGGAAUCAAAAAUCAUGAAUCUUUUGAAACCGAUGAAGAAAUAGAGUCAUGGUACGGAUUUUCUGAAAGUGAUGAUCAAAAAACAGGAUGUAUAAAAAAGCAAAAAUCACUUAAAGCCUUUAAUAAAGCAUUUACGGACGUAAUAGAAGCAUCUGAUGUAGUUCUAUACAUUUUAGAUGCACGUGAUCCUGAAAGCACACGAUCACCACAGAUUGAAAAACAAGUUUUACAGCAUGAAAAAAUAUUGGUUUAUAUUCUUAACAAGAUAGGUCAAUUUUUGUUAAUGUAUUCUCAUCUUAUUCCAUAUACAAAUGUAAUGUCAUGGUUGACUUUUUUGCGUACAUUAUUUCCGUGUUUGCCUUUAUGUGCUUCUACUUCAUUUUCAUCGCAUUCUUUCAAUCAUCCUUCACUGACAUCUCAAUCAACUGCUUUAGACCUUAUUAAAUUUUUGAAAUCAUAUGCACAUAAAUUAGAUCUAAAAAGAUCUAUAACUGUAGGUGUUGUUGGUUACCCUAAUGUUGGUAAAUCCUCUGUCAUUAAUAUUCUUGCAUCUUCUUUAAGUGGAAAUGCAAAAAAAAAUCCAUGUAUUGCUGGAUCAAAACCGGGAAUUACUACUUCUAUCAAACAAGUUAAACUAGAUAACAAAAUCAAACUCAUUGAUUCUCCAGGCGUUGUAUUUCCUCCUAAAAACACAACACAAAAGAAAGCACAUGAAUUAAAAGCAUAUGAAGAAGCAAAACUUGUUCUUAUUAAUGUGAUUCCUUCUUCGGAUAUUCUUGAUCCUAUCUACGUUGUAUCACAAAUUUUACAUCGACUUCGCUUUGACCCAGUUUUAUACAAAGAACUUGAAACGUUUUAUAAAAUACCUCCUAUUUCAACCGCCCAUGGUGAUAUUACAACCGAAUUUCUUAUUCAUGUUGCUAGAAAUAAAGGGCGACUAGGAAAAGGUGGAAUCCCACAUUUUGAAUCAGCAGCUAGAGCUGUAAUUAAUGAUUGGUGUUCCGGGAAGAUUCAUUGGUGGGAAAAUGUACCCAUUAAGGCUCAAACAAAUAACACAUCGGCAAAUGGUAUGUCAUCUUCAAAUACAGACGGGCCAAUUAUUGUUUCAGAAUGGUCAAAACCGUUUGAUUUAGAUACACAUGAUAUGCACGUUGAAACAUCAACUGAAGUAUUAAUGGAUGAUGAAUAA